CCUGAUUUGAGGUAUCUGUCAGAUUUGGUCCAUUUACGAGCGAGCUGAAGCUUGGGUUUCUAAAUUUUCUAUGCCCGUGAUUCUGUAUACUUGGUCAACUAAUUUUGUAUUUGGCUAAUUAGCCGCUUAGCUCAUAACCGUUGUCGUCGGCGGGCAUGAAUCCUUGGGACCGGUAAUGCCGGUGACGUGUUCAUUCGCGGGGGUAUAGUUUAUCUUGGAAUCCACUUCGCUUUAGGAGAGACGGAAUAUACUUGACAUUAGUAGCAAUGGUAAUUUACUAGGUCAGAGGUCUUCGAUUUAUCCGGUGGGCUACAUUCUACGUCGAUGUUGGUCGUUUCACAAUGUAUUUGCAUUUUCGCUCUUAGACCAAAACAUGGAAUAGGGAGGACACGGCUUGCUGCGGUAUCGUGGCUUUUGGCUUUUGGCUUUCGGCUUUGGCUUUUGAUCCUCCUGGUUUUUACCUCGAAACCCCUGUCUCGUUCACUUGUAGGACAGCCCGAACAUUACCUUUAUCUCAUGCGGCUCGUAAAUACAGAUCGUCUCGGCGCAGCUAACGUACUGCUCGCCGGCGACCCUGCAGGCCAAGUCGCGUGCGGUCCCGGAACGUGGAAGCAUUCCAGACCAAUAUUGGAGGUGGGUAGAUGCAGGUAUGAUGCAAAUGGCCGUUGAAAGGGUCUUUCUAGAUUCUUUAGAGGUACAUAGAUGUCGACGAAGCGCUGGUAUCCCCUGACUGAUGGUCCAGGGUUCUCGUUAACAUAUACAUACAGAUCCCAACAUUCGGCUAUCCGGUUCCCGGCAUAUAAGAACCGGGGAGAAGGUCCAUGUGCGACGAUGAUGAAACGGAUCAGUCGUGGCCUAUCACCUUUCAAGACGGGUCUGGCCGUUGGUAUGUUAAUCUGAACUUGUACGAAGC